GGCUCUGUAUCCGGAGACCACACUUCCAACUCCGGCGCCUUGACGGCUGAGAUCGCGGAUCUCCGCCGCGGAUUUUACAACCAGACCUGCCCGGAGGCCGAAUCCGUGGUCAGGCUGGUGAUGGAGAAGAGCAUGAGAAGAGAAGCCAGAAGCAUAGCAUCCGUGAUGCGCCUCCAGUUCCACGAUUGCUUUGUUAACGGAUGUGACGGAUCGGUACUGUUGGACGACACGGAGACAAUGUUGGGGGAGAAGCUGUCUUUGUCGAACAUAAAAUCACUGAGCUGGGAGGGUGUACAAAGUGGCCAACCGUACAGGGCAUCUUAAAAUUUAGAGCACCAUAUUUUUAAAUUUGUUAAUAAUUUUAAAGCAAAAGUAUUCUAAAAAUAUAAAAUAGGGCACAAAAUCUAAAUUUUGGACCGGGCCAAUUUUAUUUUUUCAUUUUUCGGGGCCGGCCCUGUCACUGAGGUCAUAUGAAGUUGUUGAUGAAAUCAAGGAAGAGCUGGAGAGGGCGUGUCCGGGCGUUGUUUCGUGCGCUGAUAUCUUAAUCAUGGCGGCCAGAGAUGCUGUUGCUCUGAGUGGAGGACCAAAUUGGGAGGUGAAGCUGGGAAGGCUGGACAGCUUAACAGCAAGCCAAGAAGACUCAGACAGCAUAAUGCCAAGCCCAAGAGCAAAUGCAACAUAUCUCAUAAACCUCUUCACCAAAUUCAACCUCUCAGUGCAAGACCUUGUUGCCCUUUCAGGCUCCCAUUCCCUUGGCAAGGGACGGUGCUUCUCGGUCGUCUUCCGCCUCUACAACCAGUCGGGGACCGGGAGACCGGACCCCGCCAUGGACUACGAGUUCCGCGAGAAGCUCGACAAGCUGUGCCCCCUCGGGGGCGACGGGAACGUCACGGGGGACUUGGACGCGACCCCCGAGGUGUUUGACAACCAGUACUUUGUGGACUUGACUAGGGGACGGGGGUUUCUAAACUCGGACGAAACACUGUUCACUACCCCGAGAACCCGGGGGUACGUCCGGCUGUACAGCCGAGACCAGAAGGCAUUCUUUGAUGCAUUCGUCGAGGGGAUGGUUAAGAUGGGCGAUCUCCGGUCAGGCCGGCCCGGAGAGGUCAGAAGGAACUGCAGAGUUGCCAAUGGCCACUUGCCCCCAAGAAACUCCUUUGCUUCCUAAUGAGGACUUAUCUUAAUCAUCUCCAUUGUUGGUUUAUUUGAUCAUCAACUCCAUUACUUAGCUUGGGUGGUGACAUUGGUGUGUGUGAAUAUUUACAAUAUAUGUUGAAGUUCGAA